AUGUGGAGGUUAAAGAUCGCCGGCCAGGCUAGCGGCGGGCCGUGGCUGCAGUCGGCCAACGGCUUCCUGGGUAGGCAGGUCUGGGAGUUCGAUCGCGACGCCGGCUCGCCGGAGGAACGCGCGGAGGUUGAGAGGCUUCGUGAGGACUUCACCAAGCACCGCUCCCACAAGAGGGAGUCCCAGGACCUCCUCCUACGGUUGCAGUUUGCAAAAGGGACGGCAACAACCUGCACGAGGACUGAAAAGGGUGCACAAGUCACGGAGAAAAUGAUAACGACUUCAUUGAGGCGAGCUCUAAAUCAAUAUUCUGCUCUGCAAGCACAUGAUGGGCAUUGGCCUGGUGACUUGAGUGGAAUUUUGUUCAUUAUGCCCAUGCUUAUAUUCUCUUUAUAUGUUACUCGAUCACUUAACAUGGUCCUAUCAUCAGAACAUCAACACGAGAUAUGCCGCCACAUUUACAAUCAUCAGAACGAGGAUGGCGGUUGGGGAACACAUAUUUGGGGACCUAGUAACAUGCUUGGAUCAUGUUUAAAUUAUGCAGCCUUACGGCUGCUUGUUGGCGAGACACUAGACAACGAUAAUGAUGUGUUAAUCAAAGCGCGUGCUUGGAUUUUAUCUCAUGGAAGCGCAACUGCAGUACCACAAUGGGGAAAGAUAUUUCUCUCGAUACUUGGUGUCUAUGAUUGGUCGGGCAAUAAUCCAAUCAUUCCUGAGUUGUGGUUGCUUCCACACUUCCUUCCAAUCCAUCCAGGACGAUUUUGGUGCUUUUGUCGAUUAGUAUACAUGUCAAUGGCAUAUCUUUAUGGGAAGAAAUUUGUUGGGCCCAUUACUCCAACUAUAACGGCACUACGAGAGGAGCUCUACAACACACCUUACAGCAAUAUUGAUUGGGGAAAGGCGUCUAAUUGUUGUGCCGAGGAGGACCUUCACAAUCCCCGCUCACAGGUACGAAAUAUUGUACUUGUUUGUCUUAAAAAGUUUGUGGAGCCAAUGUUAAAUUGGUGGCCAACAAACAAGCUAAGAGGAAGAGCAUUGAGUAAGCUUAUGGAACAAAUUCAUUAUAACAAUGAAACAACUGAAUACAUAACCAUUUGUCCCGUGGACAAGGCACUGAAUAUGAUUUGUUGCUGGGUCGAAAAUCCAAAUUCAGAUGCAUUCAAGAAACAUCUUCCAAGGGUUUAUGAUUAUUUGUGGAUUGCAGAGGAUGGAAUGAAAGCUAAGAUAUAUGAUGGCUGCCAGAAUUGGGAGACACCAUUCAUAGUUCAAGCAAUGUGUUCAACAAAUCUUAUCGAUGAGUUUGGCCCAACAAUAAAAAAGGCUCAUGAUUUUAUGAAAAAGUCACAGGUUCUUAGAAACCUCCCAGAUUAUGAAAGAUUUUAUCGCCAUAGAUCGAAAGGUUCAUGGACCCUUUCAACUAUAGACAAUGGUUGGCCUAUAUCUGAUGGUACUGCUGAAACUCUUAAGACAUUGUUGUCAUUAUCAAAUAUUUCUGCCAAUCUUGUUGGAGAUCCAAUAGAAGAAGAGAGGUUGUACGAUGCCAUUGACUUUCUCCUAUCUUUGAUGAACAAAGAUGGUUCUAUUUGUACAUAUGAACGUAGAAGAACAGCCACCUGGGUAGAGCUUCUAAAUCCUUCUGAGAGCUUUAAGAACAUUGUCAUCGAUCAUCCAACUUCUGAAUGCACGGCAUCGGUGAUUGAUGGUAUGGUAUUAUUUAAAGAGCUGUACCCACAGUACCGCAGCGAAGAGGUAGGCAACUGUAUAAAAAAUGCUGUUAAAUAUGUCGAGGGAAAACAGUUGAAGGAUGGUUCAUGGUAUGGCAGUUGGGGUAUUUGUUUCACGUAUGGAACCAUGUUCGCAGUUAAAGGAUUAGGCGCUGCCGGAAGAAAUUACUACAAUAGUUCUUCUAUCAGGAAAGCAUGCAAGUUCCUCUUGUCAAAGCAACAAAGUACCGGUGGAUGGGGAGAAAGCUAUCUCUCUAAUUAUACGCAGGAGUAUGUGGACAGCGGCACUCCUCAUACAGUGGAGACUGCUUGGGCAAUGCUAGGUUUAAUUUAUGGUGGGCAGGCUGAAAUAGACCCGGUGCCACUGUAUCGUGCAGCACAAGUAUUGAUGAGCAUGCAGCUAGAAACGGGCGAGUUUCCACAGCAGGAGCACGCUGGAUGCGCCAACUCUGCCUUCUACUUCAACUAUCCCAACUACCGGAACUUAUUCCCUAUUAUGGCUCUUGGAGAGUUUCGUCGCCGACUUGUUGCAAACAAGAACUGAUGUGUAAUCGUGCGGCAAGCGUGAUAAGCCCUUCCAAACCAAUCAACAAAAAAACAGGAACCGAUGUGGAUGCAUGUGAUUAAAUUAUAGUAUUGAUGUGUGUGCGCAAAUAUGUGGGAUUUGUUAGCAAUAAACACUAUAUGCUAUUAUGGGCACCAUUAAAUUAUAUAUUGAGUUGGUGGGCCGAGCAACCUAAGUGCAAAGUUGGUCUUUCUUUUCUUUUUUCUUUUUUAUGAUUUUGCUCCUCGUGCUAAUGUUACAACACUGCAAAACAAGUAAGUUUGAACCAGAUCACAAAGUAAUGAAAAGAUAUGAUACCUACCAUCAAAACAUGGUUGACUUGAAAUGCGGCUCUCCAUGAUGCAUGACGCCAUGUACACUAAGGCAGCGGCGAUCCACUCGUGGUGCGGAUGCUUCAUCGGUGCCUUCUCAUUAGUUGCCACCAUCACCACCUUCUUUAUGUUUCAAUCAAGCGCCGGGAAGAUGAAUGACUUGAGCAGAGUUGAUGCCACUGUGACAUACAUCCUAAUAGCCGGGGCUUUUGUCCUAGCUAGAGAUGGUAGCAUUGUUGGGGAUAAUGGGAUCAACAUGGACAUGUGCUUUCUUGCGUGCUAGAAGAUGGGAUCGGCUUCACAGCGUAAUCGUAUCUGUUCGACAACAUGUCAAGGCAACAGAAAGAAGCAGAAGAUGGUAAGGUUCCAUUGGGCAGCCUAAGUCGCUGAUCUUGUCAAGAAAUGGCAAGGAGCACCAACAUGAGAGUCUAGGCAGAAGCACAGCAUGGCUGUUUGUGUUUGGAACUUUGGAUGAAAAGGCUUGUGGCACAAGUUGCACCUCUUCAACUUCUCUAGAUCACAUGUGAUAUCAACAAAUACCAAGGAGUUGGUGCGGGGGGAGAUAUUCAGAAUGGUGAGGGCAUGUGGAGGCGAAGAGGAUAUCAUGAGGAGUUCAAUGGUAAGAUGCCCGGGUUACAUGAACUACGUGGAUUACCGAUUGUCUACAGGCUCCGAAUGAGUCCACAUUUUUAGAGAAAAGGCAUCAACCAAGCCCGACAUGGGCUCGAGCCUAGCCCGACUUUGAAUUAACAAAGCCAUCAACCGGCAAGGAUUACAGAUCACAAGUAACCAAAGAAAA